GUCAUCACGCUUGUGCAGAUGGGCGAGGGAAACGGAGAGAGAGAAUCGCAUGCAAAAGGUCAUUCAUCUCUAAUGAUCCUUGAUCCACCGCACCUAAUUUGACUUUUAAAUGUUACACUUGCAUGGAAAGGCUCGUGCGUAAUUUUUUUUUCUAAUCUGUCCUAUAUAUAUCGAAAAUCUUAGAGUUAUGUGGAGGAUAAUUCCACUGACCAGUGUCUAAGGUAGUGGAAAAUCCCCUAGGUGUCUCACUGCUGUGAUACUGCCUGACAGGAUAGAACCAUUAUUUGGCGGUGACUCACUGCUAUGACCUUGAUGAACAGGUUGUAGGCCCUUAGUUGGUGAUGUUUUCUUCUGACUGGUAAAGCGGAUGGACGGAUACAGCAGAACGGACACAGCAGCGGCCUCCACUUAAUAACUUGGCAAGAGGGAGAUUGGUCGACCGAAGUUUGAUGCCCGCGUUUUUCAAGAAUGGCAUUUCCCCAGAGGUUAAGGGCUCUUUGGAAAUGCUUGCUUUGCUUUCCAGUGUUGAUGUGUCUUCUGUACUUCGGUUCUCCGUCUUUGAGAGCUUUAGUGAUCUUUUCCCAUUUGCCUAUGGACAAAUGUAAAGUGGAGAGUGCUCGGGCUCUGCUUCGGGACAACAGCGUGGAUGCUUGGCUCGACCUCAUGACUAGAAGUGACGUGCAAACAUGCACAUAUUGGAGCGCUCCCAUCAUCUGGGAGGGGAUGUUUGACCCUGUCCUUUACGACUCGAUGCACACUGAGGCCGGCUCCUCCGUGGCUCUGACAGUGUUUGCUGUCGGCAGGUACCUGGAUGCUUACCUCCCCGCCUUCCUGAACUCAUCAGAACGUCACUUCAUGCUGGGUUUGCCAGUGACCUACUACGUGUUCACAGACAUGCCGGAAAAGGUGGCCGCCGUGCAGCUCCCUCCUCUGCGGAGCCUGAAGGUGAUCAGAGUGGAGAAGCACUCGAGGUGGCAGGACAUCUCCAUGAUGCGAAUGAAGAUCAUAUCGGACGUCAUAGAGACCGAUAUUCGCCAUCGCUGCACCCACGUCUUCUGCUUCGACGUGGAUCAGGUGUUCACCGGGAGAUUUGGCUCGGAGGCCCUGGGAAACUCUGUGGCUCUGCUCCACGCCUACUACUACCGCCUCCCGAAGAGCAUGUACACCUACGACCGCAACCCAAGGUCCAAAGCCUACAUGAAGACGGGGGAUUUCUACUACCACGCUGCCAUCUUUGGAGGCCUGUGUGAAAGCGUGAAAGCAUUAGCCGACGCCUGCUACCAGAGCAUCAUGGAGGACAAAGAGAAUAAUGUGGAGGCCCUGUGGCACGACGAGAGUCACCUGAACAAGUACCUGUGGCGUCACAAGCCGAGCAGGCUGCUGUCCCCUGAGUACUGCUGGGACCCACUCAUCGGCAACGACAGCGACAUAAGAGUCACGCGACUGGAGUGGGCUCCAAAACGGUACAAGAACCUCCGCAGUGCUUAGUGCGUGUCCAACACUCAAAUACAAAAAUCCAGUAUCCUCCUCACUGAUAUCUGAUGAAAACACUGUGUUGCUCCUCUGCUCUCACGUGAGGAAUCUGCCAACAACUGGAUUUCCUGUUGAGUUACAAUCUCCCAUCGACCGCCUGCCUUUUCAGAGAAUCAUGUUGUUUUCUCAAGACUCAGGUCAAGUCAGUGUUGGAACAAAAUAUUUUUGAUUACUUAAUAUAUUAAACCGCAUUGAAAAUGGGAGACGUCAUAUUUGGAAAGUUAAAGAUAAGAGACGGAUGUAUGGUAAAGUUCAGUUGUCACCAGAAUCUCCUACAGAAUUACUUAGCGUACAUCUUUUUGCUUUGAGAUUUAUAUUUAUUUUUUAGAUGUUUGACAUUAGAUAUUAGUUGAUGACGUUUAUGAGCUUCGUUUCUGACAGAAACGACUAAUAUUUAUUAACCCCCACUGUAUAUAAAGAUGUACUGCUUCCCAAAAGUGAAGUCAAAGUGUCUCGGUUCGCCCCCUGGUGGCUGGCUGCACCCUCACUCCUCCAUGUUGGCAGAUUGGACUUUGAAGUAAACGUCAAUUAAAGGACUUCUGUCAUUUACAGUAAUUAUCAUCACAUGGAAGUACGUCUUAGUGUACAUUUCUGGUAAGAUUAUUUUACUAUUUGAUUGAUUUUUUUUUCUUUUUCUGGGGCCCUUAAACGCCCCUGUCAAGCUCCUGGACGUUAUUCAGAUAUAAUAACAUUUAUCUUUUAACCACAGUCAGGACACUGGCAUCUUUUAAGUCUCAUGAGUGUGCUUACGAAGUCGAUUACUGGAAAAACUACUUUUUGAGUGGUUUAUUGACACAGAACACAAGCAGAGUUUAAUUUCCCACAUUCAUUAAUUGCGAAAUUUUGUCAAAUGCCAAAAGCAGAACAAUGAUACGUAAAAUAUUAAUCUCAGGCUCAUGCUCAUGUCACUGCAUUGACUAAUCUUCACAGCUUGAACAUUGAAAAGUUUUUAUGUAGGGUUAGGAUUUUUGUUCAGUUUGUAUUUUGCACUAAUGAACUGUUGGGAUUAUGGUAAACUUGGUGAUAUGUUUCUUCAAUAUAUGUAUGUGUGUAUAUAUAUAUAUAUGAGUUAUUUAGAGAUAUGCAAUAGGUCAUUGAUGUCCCUGACUCCAUUUUAGAGAAUCUCAAAAUGGUUUGGUUCUUUUUUUCUUUUAUCUUUAUGUGAAUCAUUGGUUGUCAAAUCACAUCAUUAAGCCAGGUUGUGCUGUAAACACGUUUGUGCAUUUCUCAGGUCCUUGUCAAUUCUUGUAAAUGUUGCAUUUUAAUAUUGAGUGUUUAUGAUUGUUUGGACAAAGGGGUUAAACGUGUAACUGUCACUGAAAAGAAGCUGUAAAACAGAUGAUUCAUCUCCAGGCAGCAGCUCAGACUGGAUUUUUCUUCGAUUUAUGAACUGGAUUGAUAAGAUGUUGCUGCUGAUGCAUUUCAGGAAUCGGUGUGUUAAACUGAGCAAGAGGCUGUAAACGGUGAAUCGAUUGUGUUUUUUUUACUUUCCUAUACUUAGUAAUCAUUACCUAAAAUGACUGUUCACUACAUAACCACUGUUUCAAACUGUAUUUCCAAAGCGACUUAAAAAAGUGUUUUAUUUAAUGCAAAGAAGAAAUCAGAAGAAAGACUAUAAAGAAGAAUUGAUUAAUACGUACCUCAAUUCAAGCAAAUGAUUUUUUUAAUGUUUUUUAUUAUAAAUAGUUCAAUUUUUAAUUAAAUGUAUUAUAAAUAUGACUAACUUUAACUCUCUAAAGAAGAUCUGUCCGUGAAGGUUCAGUUCGAGAAAUUGUUGUGCUGAGAGUAAAUUAAAUUAAACUGAAAAGGAA